AUUUACACUUAAAUUAUUGCAAAUUUUAAAAUAAUUAACCCAACCAUUUGCAUCCCAACUCCGGCUACCCGAUCGGAAAGCAAGCAAAGCAUUCUCCGAGAAUCAAUGGAGGAGAAAACGAAAGCCGGAAGCAAGAGAACGAAGCUAGGGUUUUGGAAAUGGGCAAUAGCUUCGAUCGUACUCAGGCUAAUUCUCAGUUAUUUCUCCAAGUAUCUCAACCUCUCCUCUCGCCCCGAAGUCUCUACUCCUCUCACCAGCCUACGCCGCCUGGCGGAGGGCUACUGGCUGAAGCAACUGUCGAUAUCGCCUUAUUCUGGUUCAAUGUACCAUGGAUCGCCUUUGUUGCUCUCAAUCCUUGGCCCUCUUACUGCGAAGAAAAUUGAAGGACAUGCUAGCCAUCUCUUGUGCAGUCUGGUUUCUGUGAUUGCAGAUUUUAUCAGCGCAAUUCUUAUUCGUGCAACUGGACAUAUUCUUGUAACAGCACAUGGUCACAGUUUGAAAGCAUUAGGCCUUGAUAAACUGUUCAAAGACACAGUAGAGAUUCUUCCCUCUGGUGAUAUUGCUGCCCUUGUGUAUUUGUGGAACCCUUUCACGAUCAUCUCUUGCAUUGGGUUUAAUACAUCACCCAUUGAAAACCUGUUUGUCAUCUUGUCUCUCUAUGGAGCAUCUGCAGGACUAGUACCAUUGGCAGCUUUUGGGUGGGUCAUAGCAUCACAUUUGUCUCUGUAUCCCUUGGUUUUAGUCAUUCCGGUUAUCUUUUUAUUAGGUUACGGUCUGGAUGCACCCCCAAGAAAAUUGUUUGUGCAAAGUAAUUUACUAGUUGGAGAAGAGAGAUCAAAGGAUCAAGUUGGAGUCAAGAAUAAACCCAUUAAAACAACUAAUUUUGCUUGGCGGCGAGUCGUCCUUUUCUUUUUCUGGGCAACCAUAUGGAUAACUUACGUCUUAAUUUUGUGUGCUAUAUCCAUGAAAGAUUAUGGUGGUCUUGCAGAGAUGUUUAAGAGGACCUAUGGGUUUACUCUUACUGUUAAAGAUUUAUCUCCAAAUAUAGGUGUCUUGUGGUACUUCUUCGCAGAAGUGUUUGAUUUUUUCAGGAAUUUUUUCGUGAUAGUUUUUCAUGUGAACAUCCUAUUCAUGAUAUUACCGUUAGCCAUACGCCUAAAUCAUAGGCCCUGCUUUUUGGUCUUUGUGUACUUGGCAAUCUCUUCAAUGCUAAAAUCUUAUCCUUCAGUUGGAGAUUCAGCUUUAUACUUGAGCUUACUGGUGCUAUUUGUGAAUGAGUUAUCAGAAAUGAAAUUGUCUUUCUUCCUCUUUUGCGGAUAUGUUGGGGUGUCAUUACUAAGCCCUGUAAUGCACAAUCUAUGGAUUUGGAGGGGAACCGGGAAUGCAAACUUUUACUUUGCAACUGCUAUGGCAUACGCAUCUUUCCAGAUAAUUCUUGUGGUUGAGAGUGUCAGUGCUAUGCUUAAUUAUGACAGAAAGAUCAGAAAAUUAUGUACUACUCCACUUUGACAAGUCUUUUGAUUUCGAUAAAGGCUCUUUCGUUUGGCAAUAUAUUCGGUAAUUUCCUUUAAUUCACUAUUGCAGGAAAAAGAAAAAAAAAGACGAGUAAUCUUUGUAAUUCUCGUUUUAGAUACCGAAUGCAGACAGUUUAGGUCAUUUUCUUACUGUCUUUUUCCUAUCUAUCCACUUAUUUUAGAUUUGUCUGUAAACUACUCUCUCCACAUGUAUGUACCUAUCUAUAUAUCUGCAUAUUUACGAACGAUCGUAUAUUAACGAUUUCGUAUUUACCGAUUAUGGUGUUUUGGUGCUA